AAGUCGGAAGCUCCAGCCACCACAUUCGCCACUCACAGGGCAGACACACGCCAGUGGGACCUGCUCCCUUGGAGGGCAGAGUGGAUCUCCGUUGCCCCCCUGGCCAGCAGGCCCCCUAAUCCACACAAUGGGACUGUGACGGUGGACACUGCUGGGGACCCCCACACACUUGCUCUCCGUGGAUGAUGGAUGACAACACACUCUCUGAACAUCCAGAACCUGUGGAAUUUCUCAACGUCUGUUUGAGCGACAACCUGCAGCCCCACCCAGGAGUACAGCCCAGGGAAACGAGCGGCCGUCCUGACCCGCCUGGACCUUUGCAGGAACUGACCUGGGCAUCGGACCCUUCUGAGUCCACAGGGAGGAGAGAUGCUCCUGCCGGGGGCUCUAGAGCCGAGCCCGAGGGCCUGGGGAGCGGGUCUUCCCAGGGGGGCCCACAGCAGAACCCCAGCUCGUCCACGCAGGUGGUGUUCUGGGCGGGCAUCCUGCAGGCCCAGAUGUGCGUCCUGGACCUGGAGGAGGAGCUGGAGAAGACUGAGGGGCUCCGGGCCGAGCUGAGGUCCUGCAUCCCCACGGCCCCGGUGGACCUCCCCCCGUUCCUCUCCAGCCCGGCGGCCCCCCUGGACCCGGGCCCCCCCGCCAGCCCUCCCUCAGGGGAGGACAGCAGCAGGCCUGAGGGAGAGAGCCAGACCCAGGUGUCCCCCGGGGAGGGGACACCAGACUCCUCCCCAGAGUGGGGUGCCGAGGAGGAGAGCCUGUUCUUUGACAACCCCCUCUUCCUGGAAAGCCCUGGCUCAGAGACCAGCGCUCCCAGAGAGCGCUUCUCCUGGGGGCACCCCGACUCCUGUGCUGACGAGGACGACGAUGGGAGGCCUGAGAGCCCGCAGACCCUGGAGCCUCCUCUCCUGCUGGGCAGGGUGCCGUGGGGGCUGGGAGAUGAGCCAGACUCGGGGGACAGCACGGCUGAGUCCAGCGGGCACACCACCCCUCCGUUCCCUGUGCCCACCUACAAACCACACUCCUUCUCCUGGGCCGAACCGGACAGCGCCCCACAGGCUCCCGCAGCACCUCCCUGCUGGGCAGGGAGCGAGACUUCACUGGCAGGCGGCCUUGGCCCUGCAGCAUCCUCUGUGGACAAGGCACUGACCUGGGACACAGGGCAUGUCAGAUCUGACCCCAGCCCUGCCACCCAUCCUGUGCAUCCUCCGGUCCUCCAGGGCUCAUGGAUACCCUGUGCUUCUCACCAGGCCCUGCCCCGUCCUGAGGGCGGGCAGACAGAGCAGGGUCCUUCCUGGCCCCAGGUGCCUCCUACCUCCCAGGACAGAGGUGACAGAGAUGCUGAGUGUCCCCUGGAGUCUGCUCCCUGCACCCCUGGCCCCCGCCCCUGGUGGGGUCCAGCCUCCUCGCCGGAGCCCAGCAGUCCUGAGUCUGAGAGCAGAGGCCCCGGGCCCAGGCCCAGCCCCGUGUCCUCAUCCUCCUGGGAAGGCAGCCCGCAGCCCCAGGGCUGCCACCCCAGCAGCGCCUUCCCCACGUGGACACUAGACACUUCCCGCCUGGCCCUCCUGGAGACGCAGGUGGCACAGCCACGGUCCUCAGAGACAGAGGAGGCCUCCGAGGCCCCGGACCCAGGGGAGGUGGUGAAGAGUGAGGGUCCUGCGGGCACUGCCCAUGCUGGAGUUGUCCAGCCCGAUGCUCACCUGGCUUCCACGGGAGGGCUUCCUGAGAGCCCCGUGCCCCAAGGCAAGUCCCCAGAGGAGGGCCAGGGGCUGCAGGCUGCAGACAAGCUGGCCAACGGCGUCAGGACGGACAAGCGGGCCUGGGACCUGGCCUCCCGCCUCUAUCGCCUGGAGGGUUUCCGGAAGUCCGAGGUGGCCGUGCACCUGCGGAAGAACAAUGACUUCAGCAGGGCUGUGGCUCAGGAGUACCUGUCCUUCUUCCAGUUCGGCGGCCAGAGCCUGGACCGGGCCCUUCGGAGCUUCCUCCAGGCGCUGGUGCUCAGCGGGGAGACCCAGGAGCGGGAGCGAGUCCUGUUCCAGUUCUCCAGGCGCUUCCACCACUGCAACCCCGGGCUCUUCUCCUCAGUAGAUUCUGUGCACACCUUGACGUGCGCCAUCAUGCUCCUGAACACGGACCUGCACGGCCAGAACAUUGGGAAGAGCAUGAGCUGCCAGGAAUUCAUAAGCAACCUGAAUGGCCUGCAGGACGGCGGGAACUUCCCCAAGGAGCUGCUGAAGGCCCUGUACUGGUCUAUCCGGAGUGAGAAGCUGGAGUGGGCUGUGGACGAAGAAGACACAGCCAGACCUGAGAAGGCCCGGUCCUCACCAGUCGGCGGCAAGAUGAGCAGCCCCUUCCUCCAGCCGGCCCUGGACCCCACGGGGCCCACCUACAAGCAGGGCAUCCUGGCUCGGAAGAUGCAUCACGACGUGGACGGCAAGAAGACGCCAUGGGGCAAGCGUGGCUGGAAGAUGCUCCACACCUUGCUCCGAGGGAUGGUCCUCUACUUCCUGAAGGGAGAGGACCACAGCCCCGAGGGGGAGAGUUUGAUGGGGCAGAUGGUGGACGAGCCUGUGGGGGUGCACCACUCGCUGGCCACGCCAGCCACCCAUUACACCAAGAAGCCGCACGUCUUCCAGCUGCGGACUGCCGACUGGCGCCUCUACCUCUUCCAGGCACCCACUGCCAAGGAGAUGAGUUCCUGGAUCGCACGCAUCAACCUGGCCGCCGCCACGCACUCAGCGCCGCCCUUCCCGGCCGCGGUGGGCUCCCAGCGG